UCGACAAUGUGGCAUGUGAGUGAACCAUCAUCCUCUGCAUCUGAACUCUGAAUUGAUGUUAGCUUGCUGAUUUGUUUCGCCAACUCUCCAUUCUUCCAAAGAAACCCCUAGAUCUCUAAUCAAAAACUAGAAACAAAUACUGUAAAUAGCUUAGCUUAUAUCCAUGAAUCCUCUAAAAAUAGGCAGCCAUGAAUUCAAGCUGUUCCCAGUUAGCACCUAUACCUCUCCUUGUUAUCCUCCCCACCACUAAGAAAACAACAAGAUCUUCCACCUUUCCAUCUCCCUCAUCUCCGGCCAUGCUCUUCCUCUUCCUCCUCCUCCUUGUUGUUGCCACUACCGUCGUCGACGCUGCCUCAACCGACGCCAUAGCCAUGGCCGCCUUCUCCCACGGCAUCAAAGGCCUCCCAUCCCAAUGGCAAUCCGGCACUGACCCCUGCUCUCAAUCAUCAAAAUGGCCCUUUGUCAGCUGCCGCAGCGGCCGUGUCACCUCUUUGAACCUGGCUAACAAAGCUCUUUCCGGCACCCUCCCCUCCUCCCUCUCCAACCUCCAUGCUCUCACUGCUCUCAACCUCCAAAACAACCACUUCUCCGGCCCUCUUCCUUCCCUCUCCGGCCUUUCAUCUCUCAUCUCCGUCUUCCUUGACUCCAACUCCUUCUCCUCAAUCCCUCCUGACUUCUUCUCCCAUCUCUCAAGCCUCACCACCAUAUCUCUUGAUGACAACCCUCUCUCCCCUUGGUCCAUUCCUGAUGAUCUCCAAUCCUCUCAAAGACUUACCAUUUUCUCCGCUCGUAACACCUCCCUCUCCGGUCACAUCCCUGCCUUCUUCUCCACCUUCACUGAUCUCACCACUCUCAAACUCUCCUACAAUGACCUUUCUGGUCCCAUCCCCUUAGGCCUUGCCAACCUUACCAAACUCCAAACCGUUGAGCUUGUCCGCAACAACCUCUCCGGCCGAGUCCCUCCUUUCAACUCCAAUAUUGUUGAUGUCAAGACUGACGGAAACCCUUUGAUUGGCAAGGACAUUCCCCUUGAUGAUAAUGAUAAUGAUAAUGAUAAUGAUAAUACCAACAAGAACAACAGCAACAAUAAUGCUUCUUCCUCUCCAACAAGCUCCACCACUACAAACCCAUCUUCCUCUGAAAAUUCCACCAAAAAACUAGCACUCAUCAUAAUUUUAUCCAUUCUUCUUGUCAUCACACCCAUUGCUGGAUUCCUUUGGUUCCGGAAGAAGAAAAGAAGCAACAAAACCACAUCAGAACUUCAUGUAAUCAGCACUAUUGAUCAAAACAACAAAGGGACGGAACAACUCCGCAUCACCACCACCACUUCCAGCACCACCACCCCUUUUAGCUCUGGUGGCCAUGAAGGAUUGGCAUUAUCAUAUGAAUCCUUAAAGCAAGCAACCAAUAACUUCUCCGAUGCCAACAUUCUUGGCAAAGGUGGCUUCGGCGUUGUCUACCGGGGCGAUAUAAAUGACAUUCCGAUCGCCGUCAAAAAGGGAACCUCCGAUGCAAUGGGACUCAAAGGAAAAGAAGAGUUCUAUGCGGAGAUAGAAAUGUUCAAGAAGGUGAAACACCGGAAUUUGGUAGCAUUACUUGGGCAUUGUGUGGAAGGGAAUGAAAGGUUGUUGGCUUAUGAGUUCAUGCCUGAAGGGACAUUAGGACAACACUUGUUUAGACAAGGAGGGAGGAAAGGAUUGACAUGGAAACAGAGGUUGGUGAUAGCUUUGGAUGUGGCAAGAGGGAUGGAGUACUUGCAUAGCAUGGCACAAGGGAGUUUUAUACAUAGAGAUUUGAAGCCUUCUAAUAUAUUGUUGGAUAAGGAUAUGAGAGCAAAGGUUUCGGAUUUUGGUUUGGUGAAGCUUGUUGACACUGAGAAGUCUAUGAUGACGAGGUUGGCUGGGACUUUUGGCUACUUGGCUCCUGAGUAUGCUAUCACAGGAAAAAUAACAAUAAAAGCAGAUGUGUAUGCAUAUGGUGUGAUUCUAAUGGAAAUAAUAAUGGGAAGAAAAGUAUUAGAUGAAUCAAGACCAGAGGAAGACACACAUUUAGUAUCGACAUUUCAUCGAUGUUACGAAGACAAGCAAAAUUUUCUCAACGAUGUCGACACAUCAAUGGAACUCGACGAUGAAUCUCGCCGUGAAAUCUUGAAGGUGGCUGAGCUUAGCAUCUAUUGCACGGCUAGUGAUCCGGCGCAGAGGCCGGACAUGAGCCAUUCUGUGUCUGUUCUUGCUCCUCUUCUUGAUCAUUGGAAGCCGGCCGGUCUGCCGGCUUCGCCGUCUGGGAGUCAUGUAGGAUCAUGCAUGACCUUAACUGAAAGACUUGAGAGAUGGAAUUAUGGUGAUUGUACAACUACAAUGGAUUUGUUGAGCAGUAUCAAUGGGCGUAGUGGUGAUACUGAAUACAAUGGUGAUGUUGUUAGUGAGUCAAUGAAUUCAAGAUAGAUGUGUUUUGGGUCCUUGUCUUGUUGGUGAGUUAAUUUGGUGUGUUUUGUUGAUAUAUGUUUGGAUGGAGAUCAAUA